GCCUGCAAGUAGCACGGGAUUGCUGAACCAGAUGAGUGGUUGAGCUUGACAGCUAUGUGUGGCAUUUACAAUUCCAGAGGCCAGUCUUGCAGUAGACUCCAGCAGCUUGUAUCGUGGUGUGGGGAGAAUCAUUGACGGGUGCCUCGUGGUGACGAAUGUCACAAGGCCAAGAACUUCAACCCUGGAAAGAGCAGCGCAGCACCAAAGUGGCCCUAGCUGUGUCUAAUGGGCAGAAAAUGCUUCCCGAGCAAGAGUUGCUGUACUGCAGUGCCACUGGUGUUAGCAUGUCAAAAACAUGGCAUACAUGGAGGGCUAGGGUUGUGGGGUGAAGGACUGUCAUUUCCUAAUUUUGAGAGUUUUCCUAGAGAGUGUCACUAGGAGAGGGCCUGGGUGCUGCUGAGAUGCUAGCAAUGAGAUAAGUCAGCAGGAGUCUAUGUGUCUAGGGGUCUAAGCUUACAAACAGGCAGAGUUUGUUACAAGAGAAGUCACUCUCAGUCCCAGUCAGACUUCAACCUAUGACGCUGCUGCACAUGUAUGGAAUGAGCUCCGAAAAUCCCUGGCAGUAGCCUUAUCUCGUGUGGGUGCUCCUACGCAGAGGGUGUGGGCAACGUUCUGGUCGGCACAUCAGAGGUUUUUCAAGCUGUUAUGUAUGUGUAUGAAAGUGCCUGCUAUUGUUGAGGAGAUCAAGAAGGCUCUUUCUCAAGAUAUGUGCGUUGUCAUUGGUCUACAGACUACUGGAGAGUCCAGCCUUGAGAGUGAGAUGGAAGCCAACAAGGGAGAACCGGAUGGUUUUGUUUCAAUCUGCAGAGAGAUACUGCAGCGCUUUGUGAGGGAUCACUUCCCUACUACCACUACGCUUACCGACACCCCACAGGUGACU